UAGUUUUUCUCUUAACAGUUCUCAUCUCCUCCAAAAAUCUUCAGCCUCCCCAUAGCCACCACCUGUUCGACAAAAUGUCUGAAUCACUAGUUCUCCGUGGCACAAUGCGAGCCCACACAGACUGGGUCACCGCCAUUGCCACCCCAAUCGACAACUCCGACAUGAUUGUCACAUCUUCACGUGACAAAUCCCUAAUCGUAUGGUCAUUAACAAAAGACGGUGGCCCAACAUACGGUGUACCUAAACGUCGCUUAACAGGACACGGUCAUUUCGUUGAAGAUGUUGUGCUUUCAUCUGAUGGUAUGUUUGCGUUAUCUGGUUCUUGGGAUGGUGAGUUAAGGUUGUGGGAUUUACAAGCUGGGACUACUGCUAGGAGGUUUGUUGGACAUACUAAGGAUGUGCUCUCUGUUGCGUUUUCUGUUGAUAAUCGUCAGAUUGUUUCGGCUUCAAGGGAUAAGACUAUUAAGCUUUGGAACACACUUGGUGAAUGCAAGUACACUAUUCAGGAACAAGACUCGCAUUCCGAUUGGGUUUCUUGUGUUCGUUUUAGCCCAAACAAUCUUCAGCCCACUAUUGUUUCUGGGUCAUGGGACCGGACUGUGAAAAUCUGGAAUUUGACCAACUGUAAGCUGAGGUCGACUCUUGCUGGACAUUCUGGGUAUGUGAACACUGUUGCGGUGUCUCCAGAUGGUUCGUUGUGUGCUAGUGGAGGAAAAGAUGGAGUUAUUUUGCUGUGGGAUUUGGCUGAAGGAAAGAAACUGUAUUCUCUUGACGCUGGAUCUAUUAUCCAUGCUCUCUGUUUUAGUCCUAAUAGGUAUUGGUUGUGUGCUGCUACUGAAUCCAGUAUUAAGAUUUGGGAUUUGGAGAGCAAGACAAUUGUGGUGGAUCUUAAAGUUGAUCUGAAAACAGAGAGUGAAAUGUCUGCUAGUGCUGAGGGAACUGGAACUGCUGCCAACAAAAACAAGGUCAUAUACUGCACCAGUUUGAGCUGGAGUGCUGAUGGAAGCACGCUUUUCAGUGGAUACACCGAUGGUCUGAUUAGAGUGUGGGGAAUUGGGCGUUAUUAGAGAAGAAGAGGAUCUAGUGAGGGAGCCAUUUGGCCAUACUGAAUUAAAGACAUUUAGAUUGCUAAGAUUCUCCCUGUUUCUCAAUGUUUUGAGGCCUCAACUGUUUCAAUUUUGGAUUCUUAUUUAGUAUUUGUUACAUUGGAUAUCUUGCUAUAAGUCUAAGUUGUUUUGCUUAA